GACAGCUGUAUCUAUUUCUUUUUUUAGAUCACAAUAACAAGAAAUUCCAAUUUCCAUAUAUUGAUAAUUAAUUUGUCAAUAUUAAAUUAUUGAUCCAACGGUCCUUAUUGCAUCUCUGAAACGACCCCACCCACGCUUCCCAAAACGCAUUUAUCGGACGCAGUAGCCUAAAAAACCACCCUCACCCUUUCGUCAUCUUCGUCUUCGUCUUCCUCAUCCUCAUCGUUCCCUCUCUCCCUCUUCAAAUCCCUAAUCAGAUCUCGCUUUCUCUCUCUAGGAUUCGACAAUGGCGGCCGCUCCCACGCCUCGCGAAGAGAACGUGUACAUGGCGAAGCUUGCCGAGCAAGCCGAGCGCUAUGAAGAAAUGGUGGAGUUCAUGGAGAAGGUCUCCGCCGCCGCUGACAACGAGGAGCUCACGGUGGAGGAGAGGAAUCUCCUCUCCGUCGCGUAUAAGAACGUCAUCGGAGCCCGACGCGCCUCCUGGCGCAUCAUCUCCUCCAUCGAACAGAAGGAGGAGAGCCGCGGCAACGAGGACCACGUCUCUGUUAUCCGCGACUACAGAUCCAAGAUCGAGUCUGAGCUCUCCAACAUCUGCGACGGCAUCCUCAAGCUCCUCGAUACCCGCCUCAUCCCUUCCGCUUCCUCUGGUGAUUCCAAGGUCUUCUACCUCAAGAUGAAGGGCGAUUACCAUAGGUACCUCGCUGAGUUCAAGACCGGCGCCGAGCGUAAGGAGGCCGCAGAGAGCACCCUCACCGCUUACAAAUCUGCUCAGGACAUUGCAAAUUCCGAACUGCCUCCAACUCAUCCAAUUAGGCUCGGCCUUGCUCUGAACUUCUCUGUGUUUUACUAUGAAAUUCUUAACUCUCCUGAUCGUGCAUGCAACCUUGCAAAACAGGCUUUUGAUGAAGCAAUUGCUGAAUUGGAUACACUGGGAGAGGAGUCAUACAAGGAUAGCACUUUGAUCAUGCAACUUCUUCGUGAUAACCUCACCCUUUGGACCUCUGACAUGCAGGAUGAUGGAGCAGAUGAAAUUAAAGAAGCAGCACCGAAACCGGAUGAACAGCAGAGCUUCUUCUUAAUCUCGUUGGGUACUGAGAUUUUAGGUAUUCAUGUCUGCUAUGAAAUAUGGAUGUACUGGGCUCUUUUAGUUUGUCCUUCCAUUUUUAAGUGUUUUUCAAAUUGCCUAUUUUCUUGAGGACUCUGAAGUUUUAUUAUAUGGAAUUGGAAUUUUAAGAUUAUCUUCUUUAGUAAACUUCAUGUCGCUGAUUAAAAGUUAGUGAGGAUGUUCGCCUUAUUUGUAUACCAACUGAAACCUCUAAAUCUGUAUUAUUCAUCCCGAUCGAAAUUGCUUUACUCGUUUAAUAUUC